AUGGACUUUCAGAGUGCAAUGGAGACGUUUGCUGAGGCGUGGGCUGCGGCCAACAACGUCAAGACGGAAGCUCCUACUGAUUUAGCUCAGAUGGCUGCAAACAUCCAGCAGGCAUACCUAAAGAAUCUGUCGGCGGAACUCCGGCGCAGCAAGACGCCUCCGCGACGUUCGCCGGAGGAGCGCGCUGUCCCUCGUCCCCCCUCAGCUCCAGUCCAUCAUGAGCGCAUUCAACACACCCCCCAUCCUCCCCAUACCCCCCACCUAUCGCCCAAGAAGGAAGCUUUCAACAAUCUCAUGAACAAAGGCACGCCAAAUAAAGUGAGGAGACUGGAGAGUGAUAAAGGCUACUUUUCCGAAGAGUCUACAGUGAAAACAGUGCCGGUCCACUGCGUGGUGGAAGUAGUAUCUUCGCUGGAAGAAGGUGCAUGGAGACGCAGGGCUGUGGUGGAGACUGACAGCUACGUCAUCAUUCCUGUACCAACCCCAUUUUAUGAGCUGGUGCCCACCGCCCUGAUACGUUUGGGUUACUCUCAUGAAUUGGCUGCUUCUGCCAAAGGAUCAGUAGUCAUUAACAACUGGAAGCCAUUGCCUUUCGAAAGGAUUUCUGAUGUUCCUACAGCCACGGUCGGUGAGGUCCUCGGAGAGUUGUCAACAGUGGCCACUCUUCGGAUCCAACUCCUCAGACCAAGGCCCACUCCUCUUCAGGACAUUAAAGAUAAACUUCUGAGACUUCUGCUGGUACAGAGUAGACCGUUGCUUAUGUCUACUGGAUGUCCUUUGGACGAGAUAACUUUAGCUCAGAUUUGUCGUGGUCAGGAACGUGCUCCCGGGCCACACAACUUAUAUGAGCCAUCUGAAGAAAUGAGACGUAAAUUUGAAUCUUGGUGGAGCGCGCAGGUAUCGCCGAGACCACCACCAUUCAGUCCCCGUCGAUAUCCAUCACCUGGUCCUAAAACUCGAUCGCCAACGCUGAACACGAUUCCAGAUCACUUACAUCCAGCCUUACAGACUGUACAAAGUCAAUAUCCAACACAAAAGACUAGAAUGCGGACAAGUUUUGAUCCUGAGUUAGAGCUGCCUAAAUUACAGCGUUGGUUUUCUGAAAAUCAACAUCCGAGUAGACAGCAAAUACAACAGUAUGUCCGAGAGCUAAACAACUUGGAAUCGAGGCGAGGACGUAAGCCCCUUGAUGUCAACAACGUUGUUUACUGGUUUAAGAACGCGCGUGCUGCGCAGAAACGCGCGGAGCUUCGAAAUAUCGGUGGAUUGGGCUGUCAUCUAGGAGUGAACGGUUUCAAUAGCAGAAGUCACAGCCCGACUAAUGGCUCAUUGAUGGCUGGUAGUGACACCUAUGGAUCUCAAGACCACAACUCAAUGAAGAGUCCCUUAUUAUCCGGGAGUCCUGGUCGAUACCCGAUGUCUGUUAUGUCUGAAGAUAAUUUAUCCAAUGGGGGCUCCGAUAUGGAAGAUGAUGGUGCUGAUUUAAAUCCCGAUGAUAGGCCCGAGAGCCCAGACGCGCCUCUCUCUUUGAUAACAACUAAGAAAAAUAAUGAUCAUGAGACAGAUGACAGACCCGAAGAGUCGCCAAAGCCACCAGAUAUAAUUAAGGUGCAUGACAUAAAACAAGAGCCGAGAGAUUUGAGCAAGCCUGACAAUGCAGUCUCUCCUCAACGUUCUCCUGCUAAGAAUAGCGACAGCUCGCAUAACAACAAUAGCAGCAACAAUAACAACAAUGAGGAUGAGAAUGGCGUUGGUGAAGACCAUGAUGGCUCUGAUGAAGAUGUCAUCCAGGAGCGACAUUACAGGCCGUCUUCUCCGCAUCUUGACCGUCUGCCAUUUCCCAUGGUGCCAAACCAUCCAAUGUUCGGCCACGGCAUCAUGUACAUGAGCCAGUACAUGAGUGGCUUUCCUGGUGUUGGUGCAGUCCCUGGAGAAGGUGCCAGUGGCCUCAAUCUGGCACUCGCAGGAGCUUCCGACGAGCGUCGCAAACGUAACCGAACAUUCAUCGACCCCGUAUCCGAGGUUCCUGUCCUAGAGCAAUGGUUCUCAAUGAACACACAUCCUUCGCACAACCUGAUACUUAAAUACACCGAGGAGUUAAACCGAAUGCCUUACAGGCAGAAAUUUCCUCGGCUGGAGUCAAAGAAUGUGCAAUUUUGGUUCAAGAAUCGACGAGCGAAGUGCAAGCGACUGAAGAUGUCGUUGUACGAGCCAUCGUCCCCCGGCCACUACUCCCAUCCCGGACACCCGCACGCUUUGGCCGAACGGAAGCUGGUGUGA